CGAGGAAUUGAGACGCCUCCUAUUCCGCGCACACAUUGCCACUCUUCUAGACGCGCUGCCGAACUCGUUCACCAGAUCGAAAGGCGAUCCAGCGUGCACACCGCGUGAAAUCGACAAAGGCGUACAAGAGUCAAAAGAAGCGCCUCGAGCGCUACGACCGCAGCGAUGAUGGAUGGUCCACUAGCAAAGGCUGUCGUGGAGAAGAAACCUAUCCCAGAGAUCGACUUUACAUUGCAUAUCAUGGAGGACGGCUCUCAAGUGUCCACACAGGAGAGAGUAUGCAAAGAUGUUCAGGCUCCGGCAAUGCAAGUACCUACCGACGACCAGUUCUACGCCCCUGCCGACCUGUCGAAACCUAACCUACCAUUCCUCAAACAACACUUCUACCGUGAAGGAAGACUCACAGAAGAGCAAGCGUUAUGGAUCAUCAGCGAGGGAACGAAGAUUCUAAAGGCUGAACCCAACUUGUUGGAGAUGGAUGCUCCUAUUACUGUCUGCGGUGACGUUCACGGACAAUACUUCGAUCUCAUGAAACUCUUCGAGGUCGGCGGCGAUCCAGCUGAGACUCGCUACCUCUUUUUGGGAGAUUAUGUGGACCGAGGAUACUUUAGCAUUGAGUGUGUCCUAUACCUCUGGGCGCUCAAGAUCUGGUAUCCAAACACUUUAUGGCUACUGCGAGGCAACCACGAAUGUCGCCAUCUCACGGAUUACUUUACAUUCAAGCUGGAAUGCAAGCAUAAAUACUCGGAGAAGGUGUAUGAUGCGUGCAUGGAUUCUUUCUGUGCGUUGCCUUUGGCCGCCGUCAUGAACAAGCAGUUCUUAUGCAUACACGGUGGACUGAGUCCUGAAUUGCAUACUUUGGAAGACAUCAAAAGCAUUGAUCGUUUCCGCGAGCCUCCCACCCACGGUCUCAUGUGCGAUAUCCUCUGGGCCGACCCUCUGGAAGAGUUUGGGCAGGAAAAGACAGGAGAAUACUACGUGCACAACCACGUAAGAGGCUGCUCAUACUUCUUCUCAUACCCUGCCGCAUGCAACUUCUUGGAGAAGAACAACCUGCUUUCAAUAAUACGAGCCCAUGAAGCUCAAGAUGCCGGCUAUCGCAUGUACCGCAAAACACGAACAACUGGUUUCCCCAGCGUCAUGACCAUUUUCAGCGCGCCGAACUAUCUUGACGUCUAUAACAACAAAGCAGCUGUGCUCAAGUACGAAAACAACGUUAUGAACAUUCGACAAUUCAACUGCACCCCUCAUCCUUACUGGUUACCAAACUUCAUGGACGUCUUCACCUGGUCCCUACCUUUUGUUGGCGAGAAGAUCACCGACAUGCUCAUAGCAAUUCUCAACACCUGCUCGAAAGAAGAGUUGGAGGAAGAUACCCCAAGCUCCAGCAUUACAGCAGAGACACCACCUGCUGCGGAUGCUGAGUCAACCGAGGCCAAGCGUCGAGCCAUCAAAAACAAGAUUUUGGCCAUCGGCCGACUGUCUAGAGUGUUCCAGGUGCUGCGUGAAGAGUCGGAGCGUGUGACUGAAUUGAAGACACAAUCUGGAGGUCGACUCCCAGCGGGCACACUAAUGCUCGGCGCCGAAGGUAUCAAGCAAGCUAUCCACAAUUUUGAAGAUGCUCGUAAGGUCGAUCUUCAAAAUGAGCGCUUGCCACCCUCUCCCGAGGAGAUCGAGAAGCGAAGUGCCGAGGAUAGAAAGGCUGCUUUGGAAAGAGCCGCCACGGAAGCCGAUAAUGAUGCUCAACUACAAGGUGUGGCUAGGAGGAUCAGCUUGUAA